UCCCCGCCUGCCAAUGUUGCCCUUUUUCAACCUAACAAGCAAACCAUUGUGCCAGCUCUCCUCGGCGCCUCCAUGCUGUAAACUCUGUGAACGUUUCAAAGCAAGACGCAGUGGAAGGCAGUGGUUUCUUGUGAAGAAGCAAUGGAAGUGCAACUUGAACAGUCGGACGAAGACCUCGCAUUUAGCAACGCAGAUGCUAAUGGUGAGAUCAGUAAGCGGCCGGCAGAGGACAUGGACGAGGAGCACGCCUUUAAACGCUCUCGCAACGCAGAAGAGAUGUUAGAAUUGCGCGUGCUGCUCCAGAGCAAAAAUGCCGGCGCCGUUAUCGGAAAGGGCGGCAAGAACAUCAAGGCCCUGCGCACCGACUACAAUGCCAGUGUAUCAGUCCCAGACAGCAGUGGCCCAGAGCGGAUCCUGAGUGUGAAUGCCAACAUUGACACAAUCGGAGAGAUUCUACUGAAGAUCAUACCGACUUUAGAGGAAUACCAGCAUUACAGCGGUGUUGACUUUGACUGCGAGCUGCGCUUGCUGAUCCAUCAAAGCUUGGCCGGCGGCAUCAUCGGCGUGAAAGGCACCAAGAUCAAGGAGCUGCGAGAGAAUACGCAGACCACCAUCAAGCUGUUCCAGGAGUGCUGUCCACACUCGACUGACAGAGUGGUUUUGGUGGGGGGGAAACCAGAGCGAGUCAUCGAAUGUAUCAAAGUUAUCAUGGAAUUGGUGUCAGAGGCAACAAUUAAAGGUCGAACUCAACCCUACGACCCAAACUUCUACGACGAAACUUACGACUAUGGCGGGUUCACCGUGAUGUUUGAAGAGCGAGGCAGGCGGCCAAUGGGCAGCUUCCCCAUCCGUGUGCGAGGCGGCUUUGAACGCAUGCCCACUGCGCGGGGCAGCCGACCCCCGCCUUCCUCCAGACGGGAUUACGACGACCUGAGUCCCCGCCGGGGUCCCCCGCCACCGUUAAGCAGAGGACGCGUGGGUAGCAGAGCCCGCAACCUGCCUCUCCCCCCACCGCCGCGAGGAGGGGGCGACAGAUUCUCCCACGGCAGCUACCAUGAUGACAGACCAAGUGACAGAAGAAGCCGAGGAGGUGACCGCUAUGACAGCAUGAGUGGAGGCGGUUAUGACAACAAUUCCUGGGAUCACUUUCAUUCUGGUGGCCGGGGCUCAUACAGCGACAUUGGAGGUCCCGUCAUCACAACGCAGGUCACCAUUCCCAAAGAUCUUGCUGGCUCCAUCAUUGGCAAGGGUGGACAAAGGAUCAAGCAGAUCCGUCACGAGUCUGGAGCGUCCAUCAAGAUUGACGAGCCGCUAGAAGGCUCAGAGGACCGCAUCAUUACCAUCAUAGGAACGCAGGACCAGAUCCAGAACGCCCAGUAUCUGCUGCAGAACAGCGUGAAGCAAUACUCCGGUCGGUUCUUCUAGAAAGGAACGAAGAGGCGUGAAGCCAUGCUGUACGAACUGUUCACUCCCUCCUUUCACAGCCGACAUUCCUCGUCUGUGGACGGAUCACACAAUCUCUUGUCACAGCUUCUACAGUAUCGAUAGCACUUUUGGAAAACCAAGGAGCUGUAACGUCUGAUCAUUUUUCAGGACAUUCUCAUUCGUGACACCAUUUAAAGUUCAAGUUUGCUGUUGUUUGCCACCCUCAGCCUGCGUUACAGUGCAGCACGCAGAACGUAGAUCAUUGUUUUUUCUACUUCAUACUCUCCAAAAGAAGAGGUUUAACCAUUUAGAAUAAUACUUUUUUUCCCCCCAUAAGAGAAUGUGUAUUGUGUGCUAAAACAGGCUGUGUGCUAUGAAAUCACAUGUUUUUACAUCUGCACAGUACAUUUGCAGCAAAUAUCGCCGUGACCAGUUAAGACCUUAUUGGCGCCUCAAAACAACUUAUUUAAAUAGUGGUUCUCAAACGUUGUUCACCAAGUACCACCUCUGGAAAAAGUUAAGCUCCAAGCACCACCAUAUUGACCAACAUUACAAUACAGUAGCGUCGUAGGCCUACGUAUUCAUUAAAAACAAGGCAGAGGUUUUAUUUGACAAGUAUAUUUAAUAUUCUUGGCCUCUGUAACAUUACACACGAUUUGAACAGUAACAGUGUGUUGGAAUAUAGGAACAUCUGUACUUUAAUCACUUUGAGAAUCACUAUUAAAAUGUCUUGUUCCCCUUCUCUUUGCUAUUGCUAAUAUUUGAGCAUAAAUGAUCAUUACACCCUCAUUUGUGAAAUACUUUUUGCUUUAAUGUUCAAUGAAUGUGCCAGUUUGAUAUUUCAAGAGAUUUUUUAGAUAUGUUUUUCAUAGGGACACGAGGAAGCUGUGUAUAUUUACAAUACAUAGACACCCUUUCAUCAAGUUUUUCUUCAUCUCGGAAGGAGAUUGCGCCAAAUGGUUUGAUACUACAGUAUGUUUUUUGGUUUUAUUUUUAGUGAUAGUUAAUUGUAUUUCUGCAUCGGGUGCUUCUUAUUUUGGUGAUCUGUAACCAUUUUUAAAAUGUAUCUGUUUGAUAUCUUACAGGUGUUGGCUAAAUAAACGGUUUUGCACCGUG